GCCCGCCCACAUAGGCCGUCGGGCCCACGGAGGCCAGAGCGUCCAGCAUGGCCGGAAUGCGUAGGCUGGAGCUGGCGGAGGCUCUACAACUGGGGCCAGGCUGGCGGCAUGCGUGCCACGCGCUGCUCUACGCGCCGGACCCAGGGCUGCUCUUCGGCCGUAUCCCGCUGCGCUACGCCGUGCUGAUGCAGAUGCGCUUUGACGGUCGCUUGGGCUUCCCUGGAGGCUUCGUGGACUUGCGGGACCACAGCCUGGAGGAUGGGUUGAACCGCGAGCUGGACGAGGAACUGGGCGAGGCCGCAGCCGCCUUCCGUGUUGAGCGUGCCGAUUACCGCAGCUCCCACGCCGGGUCCCGGCCACGCGUCGUGGUGCACUUCUACACCAAGUGUCUGACCCUGGAGCAGCUGACUGCGGUGGAGAGGGGUGCGCCGCGCGCCCGAGACCACGGGCUGGAGGUGCUGGGCCUGGUGCGGGUGCCCCUGUAUACCCUGCGGGAUGGCGUGGGAGGCCUGCCUGCCUUCCUGGAGAAUACCUUUAUUGGAAAUGCACGGGAGCAGCUGCUGGAAGCCCUCCAGAACCUGGGACUGCUGGAAGCUGGUUCUUUCGCACGCCUUAAGAUCUCAGCUCCUCCUCCCUAGAGGCAGCCCUCCUUGGACUAGUGGCACCUCCCUGAGAUCAGGGCCUUUGUACUGGGGAGGGAGGGAGGAAAAGGGGUUGUUUUCUUUUCUGGGCCUGGGCCUGAUAGAUGAUAACAGAUUAAAAGAGAAGUGUGUGUAA